AGAACACCAUUGACUUUUGUAUGAUAAUGAUUAGUUUGGUUACCGGCGUACCGCCAUAAUUUUAUUACGUACGGCCGGGUUGAUUUAUUAAUACAAAUCCAGACCAUUAUGGCGUAUUGUACGCUGGUUGGAAGAAAUGUGUGAGUAAACUGUCGCUUGUUUACAUGAAGCCGCAAUAAUUAGUACAGUAAAAUAAUUAUCGGUUGACGAUUUUGAAAAUUGUGAAAUUUGCAUUACUGGAAAGGAGACGCUUUUCAAGACACUGGACAGUGGACGGCACUGAUGAAUACACAGCCAGCCACUUAUGAGUAAAUUGUAUGAGUGCUUAUGAGUAAAUUGUUAAAGCAGACAUGCCACCACCGGGCAGCAUCUACAACGACCGUUUAACUACUCCAGGGUUGUUCUCACCCAUAUCGCACGUUUGGAUUAAUAUCGAUAGCGAUAACGGAUUAAAAAUUUUAAUAUGACAAUUUUAUUCGCUAAUAACUACCGAGUAGUUAGUGUGUUACUGACUUACUGUAGUUUCUUCCUUGAAAGCUAAAUUUUGCCCAAAAACACCAUCAGCGCACCAUAAAUUUUCCCAUUGUUUGAAAGUAUGGCAAGUGCAGAUCAGACUGCACCACCUCUUGAUCUGGACGAUCUGCUGCAGCAGACCUUGGCUGACUUCGACAAACCCGAUCUCCUUCCCAGUGAAAAAUCUCUCCACAAUCCGUCCGCUCCUGGUGCCUCCCAUCCCACGCCAUCUGCAAAAUCUCCCCACCCCCCUACUGCGCAUCCACCCCCACUAGCCGAUGACGAGGAGAAGUUUUUCCGUGAAACCUCCCAGGAGAUCAACGAGAUCCUCACCUCCAUCGACCAGGAAGAUCCCGCGCUAGCUCAACAACUCCGCACCCUCACCGAGUUCGCCAACAGCGUCCACAAGCCCGACGAGCAGACCGCCAUGCACAAUUUUACCCAGUUCGCCUCGCUCUUUAAGGAAACCCUGCAGACCAUCAGCACCCACACGGGACUGCAGUCGGACGAACUGGUGGAUGAUGAUCUGACGGAUAUCAUGGAGAAUUUGGAUAAAUUAGCCAUGGGUAAGGAGAGCGGGGCGGGUGCGACCGAGGGGAUUCCCGAUGUGGUGCAGUCGAUGCUAUCGAAAUCUGUGAUGCUCAGUUCGUUGAAAAAGUGCCAUGAGGAGUAUGCGCCGUGGAUUGCGGACAAGCGCGGGACACUGGCGCCGAAGGAGCUGGAACGGUGUGAAGCGCAGUUAACGCAAGUGGGCGCCUUGAUUGCCGAGUAUGAAAAAGCCGAGGAGCCGUGUUAUGCGCGCAUUGUGGAGAUGAUGGCGCGGUUGCAGGAGUUGGGGGAAUUUCCGGAGGAACUGAUGGCGAAAGUUAAUACUAAAGCGUUUGUCGGGGGAACGGAGGGGAAACGGGAUGAGCGGCCGGAACUGGAUGUUCCGGACUGCAGGACCUCGUAAUCUGUUUUUUUUUAUCUUUUUGGUCGUUCAUAUUGCCAGUUCAUAAUUACAAUUCCAGUUCAUUUUUUUGAAUUUUUUGUAGUGGUUGCUUUCGCCGUAUUACGCUUUGGCAUUGUGGUGCACGUUGGCUGCUUUAUUGUAUAUCUGCUAGUCAGAAUCUCUACGAGUAUUGUUGUGUGUAUUAACAUUAUUUACAGUUUACAAGUGCUCGCUGCAUUUACAGUAACUUACAUGAGUUACAGACUUACAGUCAUAAA